UUCUUCUGUCUCUACCAUACCAUCUACUUCAACCAAAAUUCCAUUUCUUUCCCCGGGCUCUCUCCUGCGGUUGGAGAGCAGAGGGAUUUUCCGAUGGAGAAAUGGAAAGAACCCAGCUCUGCGGCGAGUCUGGACCUAGACCUAGACCUAGACUUAGACCUCGCUGCUUCUGAUCAUCCUAACCGUUCAUCGCAACAUCCCCCAAGGCCCACCAGAUUCCACCCCAAGUCCACCAAGCUCAAACCCAAACCCAAGCCAGAACCAGAACCAGAAUCAGAUGCUCUUCCUUUAUUGAAGAAGCAGCAGAAGGAAGGAUCCUCUCUCCUCCAUUUAAACACAGCACAACCCUCUCAUGCCGUUACUGUCUCCAAAGGAGUAGUCUCAAUUCAGGAGUCAGGAAUGGAUAUUGACGACAAUAGAGGUGGAGGUGAUGAUGAAGACGGAGUGGUUCGGGAGAUUGAUGUGUUCUUUACACCUUCUCCGCUCGAUAACAAUGCUCAGCUAUAUGUUAUGCAAUAUCCCCUUCGACCUUGUUGGCGUCCUUAUGAAUUGAAGGAAAGUUGUAUAGAGGUUAGGGUGAAGCCUAAACAAUCAAAACUUGAAGUCGACUUGGAGCUGAAUGUUGAUGGAGAAAAUUAUGAUCGAGAGGUUGCCGAGCCUUUCAGGAUCCGAAAGCAGACUUUGUCAUCAUCCAAGGCACCCAUUAUAACUGGCUAUGCUGUUGGGAUUCUGAUGGGAGAUAAGUUACACCUGAAUCCUGUUCAUGCAGUUGUGCAGCUUCGGCCAUCAAGGGAAUACCUGAGAGCAGGUAAGGUGCAGAAGAAGAAUAAUGUUACUGGAAGUGUAGAAGUUACAGCCAAUUCAAAUCUGAUAACUAAAGAAGAGCCUGCAAUGACAUCACGUGCGCAGGGCAAGCAUGUAUCAGGGGCAGCAAAUGAGAAAAACACCAACGAAGAAGAGCCCUGGGUUUCACUCGAGUACCAUGACAUAGGCAGCUCCUUUUCAAGCAAAUAUCGGCAAAAGAUGGCGGCAGAAGAAAGCUGUCAUAUACAAUUUUUGAUGACCUUGUACGACUAUACCAACUCUCUUUGCCCAGGAACAUCUGGUGAUAAAAGUCACAUUAAAGGCCCUCCAAGAAGAUUCUUACUUUCACUGCCAUUGGAAGAACGGUUCAAAAGGUGGCUUUCUGAGGGGCCUCAAGUCCAUCGAUUUCGUGCUCUUAUGCACCUUGCUCCUGCCAACUCCGAAGAUGAUGUUCUUAAGGUUGUUCAGCAAUAUGCAGAUCUAGUGCAGGGAUUGUGGGUUUCAAAAAGUUCAUUGCUAUAUGAAGGUUUUGAAGCCCUAGCUAGAGAUUACAUCCUUCUCUUGUUUAGCAAGAACAGAUUUAUUCGCCACGACGAGCUAAAGGGGUUGAAAGUUCACAAUCAAAUUCUGAAACGCAUCUUGCUUCCAUUGGCUGUUGAAAGAUCUGCCUUUCGGGAUUGGAAAUUCAAGGAGCCUGAGGAUGGUUUAUUUAUAAAAUGUCACCCAGACAUUGUAGAGGAGCAGAAGCAAGCUUGGUCUGCCCGUUUAAAACAUAUCACAGAUGCCAUGCAUGGAGUCGGGAGAAGUUUACUUGCAGUGAGCAAGAAUUCUUCCAAGCCAAGUACAUCCAACAGGAUUUCUGCUUCAGGUAAUGCUGAUGAAGGCACGAAAGGUGUUGACGGGGUAUCAGGCUCCAGAAAAGUCACAAUGUCAGAAGAAACUCGAGAAGCUCUCCCUAAAGCACUUGUGGAACUCUUCCGCAUUCACAAAGUUUGCAGUUUGCAACUAAUUUGCCAAGGUUUACGAGAUAUGGCUGUUUCCAAAUCUACCCAUCCAAAAGCAGAUCCUAGAAUGGCAAUAGCUGCAGCACAGGGUGCCAAAGCUCUCCCUGAGCUACAGUCUAUUUUAAGUCAAGUUGCAAUCAAUAUUCACGGUGCCUAUGUUUUGAAGUCAUUGGGCAAUGCUUCAGUGGAUCCAUUCAGGAAUGUCGUCAUUAAUCUUUUCUGUGCAAUGCAACCUAAUGCAAAGCUAAAGAAGGCAGAGAUUGUAGAAGCUGCCAGGAUUGCACUUAAAAGGGAAAUUCCUAAUGCUGAAUAUAAUCAGGUCCUGAAUGAACUUUGUGUUUCUGUCAAAGGCGGUGCAUGGAUGUUGAAAAGUGGCGAUGGGAAGCCGAAAUGAUGUGUAUAAAAUAUCCUCAAUGUAAGGGAGGAAAAUGUUAAUUUUUCUUUUUUAAUGAUGUAAAUAGGUGUACAUGUGGGUACCUUGCUUUUUAUUGUACUGUUAGAGGGUGUCCCACCCUUUGUUUUCAUCAUGAAGAAAGCAACUCAGACGCCCAAAAGCUGUAUCUGUCUAUUUUUUGCCUCUUCUAAGACUCUUUAUUGUAUUUAGAUGGUGAUGAACAUACAAGUAGGGCAGGCCCGAUGCAAAAGUAAGAUCUUAACCUUU